AUGCGGAGAGACCUACCUCGCGCGCCAGCGGCAACGCGGCGGCCAUGGAGGACUCGGCCGAAGGACAAGCGCUACCUCUGCUUCCGGGGACGGACGAUCGCGCUCUUAUCGGUGGUCGGUGUUCUUCGCUGUCCCCUUUGUGCUGACCGCUUCGGUGGCGGCCACACGGGUCUUGGUCGGGUUUUGGGUGGAACCUUGCUCCCCUUUUGCGCUUUCUUGUUGCUCCGGGGGGACCUCUCGCUCGGGCUCCGCUUCCGGUGGGACCCCGGGCCGCGAGGCCGCUGCAACCCCGGGAGCCCAGGACCCUGCAAAGAGGGGUAUUUCCAGGAACCGGUGAUCACCGAGGAUGUGCUGGUGGUCUUUAGCCAGGAAGAAUGGACGUUGCUGGACCUCACUCAGAAACAACUCUACGUGGACGUGAUGGUGGAAAAUAUGCGUCUCCUAGACUCUGUCGGCCGCGAGUGUCCUGACAGCUCUCCCCUGCAUUUCCGCAAGGCGCCGUCGGAUGGCCGUGUGGUCGGAGCAGAGGGUCUGGGCGAGGCGUUGCACUGUCCCCGUCCUGCGGAAGCUCAGGGCGGAGAAGGUCAAGACGACUGUGUGUCCAGCGGGCAGCCUCGUCCUGCUCCGUCCAUCCGGAGCGGCCCCGCCACGGCGAUUCCACGGUUUUUGUGCAAGCAGUGUGGGAAAGGCUUCAGGUUCUCCUCUCACCUGCUGGUGCACAUGCGCAGCCACAGUGGCGAGCGUCCCUUCCGCUGCCAGGACUGCGGCCGGGCCUUUGUGCACGCCUCGCACCUCACCAAGCACGUGCGCUCACACACCGGCGAGAGGCCCUACCGCUGCCACGUGUGCGCCCGCGGCUUCUCCGACCACGCCGAGCUCACCACGCACGUGCGCUCGCACACCGGCGAGCGGCCCUACGCCUGCCGCCAGUGCGGACGCGCCUUCAGCCGCCCGUCCACGCUCACCAUCCACGUGCGCACGCACACCGGCGAGCGGCCCUACGCCUGCCGCGAGUGUGGGAAAACCUUCAGCCACGCCUCGCCGCUCACCAAGCACCUGCGCACGCACACCGGCGAGAAGCCCUACGCCUGUCCCGACUGCGGCCGCGCCUUCACCGACCUGUCCACCCUCACCCGGCACACGCGCGUCCACACCGGCGAGCGGCCUUACGCCUGCCCCGACUGUGGGAAAAGCUUCAGCCACGCGUCCGCCCUCACCAUCCACCGCCGCACGCACACCGGAGAGAGGCCCUACGCCUGCGGGCACUGCGGAAAGGCCUUCACCCACAACUCGGCCCUCAGCACCCACGUGCGCACGCACACCGGACACAGGCCCUACGCCUGUCCACACUGCGGAAAGGCCUUCACCGACUUCUCCCCCUUCACCAGGCACGUGCGCACGCACUCCGGCGAGAAGCUCUACCCGUGUCCGGCUUGCGCCAAGGCCUUCACGCGGGCCUCCACGCUGGCCGCCCAUGCCAGGACCCACCGGGACACCCAGCAGACCAGGACCAAGCACAGUGGGGACCCAGGUAUCGUCCAGGGUCCUGAGCGCUCCAAGCCAGGCUCCUUGGUGGCUACUGUCCACCUGAGUGUCCCUCCCUCCUCCCUGGACCACUGCAAAGUCACCCAGAGAGACAGCACUUGCAUUGCACUCUCAGCCGCCCGGGAGACAGAAGGACCAUCUCCUCCUUCACCAUGA